UAUGACCUUGAAAGUAUUUACAAUACAUGUUGGGUUAAUAUUAGAAGGCAUGGACUCAGUCAGAGAUUUUUUCACGGAUAACGGGCUUUAUAUAGCCACAGGAGCCGUCGUGGUCGGUUCGUCGUGAUUGUUGUACAACAGGUUUAGAAAACGAACAAGAAUAUGUGGCGUGGAUUAUCCAAAAGACAAGGUUAUACUGCACGUGUUUCCACGGACGAGAACUAUACCAAAUAUGGGUCACUUUGUAAUGAAGUUGGAGACGUAUCUCAGGAUAAACAAAAUUCCAUUCCAGCUCGAUUUCAAUUAUGAAGGUGGACCAAAGAACAAGACACCGUGGAUAGAAUAUAACGGUGUAACGAUGGGAGAUUCCCAGUUGAUAAUUGAGUACUUUAACAAGAAGUUUAACAUUGAUAUAAACAGUCACCUCAGUAAACAGGAACGGGCUAUUGCUUGGGCCAUACAAAAGUGGCUGGAGGAGUAUACUUACUGGUUGAAUGUCCAUACUCGUUGGAACAUUUUCUAUGGCGAUACGUUAACAAAGCUUUUGGAUGUUCCGAAAUAUCUGGUCGCCUUCUGGAAGAUAUUCAACCAAGCAAAAGUGGUUAAAGUGUUGUACACAGUGGGUAUUGGUCGCCACAGUGACGAAGAAGUUCACCAAAUGAUGGUAAAAGAUCUUAGACAGUUCUCCGAAAUUUUAGGAGAUAAGAAGUAUAUUAUGGGAGAUAAGAUAACGGAAACAGAUUGUGCAGCUUUCGGCGUUCUGUCACAGAUCCGGUGGUGUACCCCAGAGUCAUGCCCGGGACAUCAGCUCCUUACAAAUGGUGAACUUAAGAAUGUAACAGACUACCUGGACAGAAUUAAGGACACCUACUGGAUGGACUGGGAUGAAAUAUUGGCUGCUGUAAAAAAAUAAUGACCCAAAUUUUAACGUUUUCACAUCAAAGUUUAGGUGGCACAUCAUGUUAAAAGGACCAUAUUGUAAAGCAAAAAUGAAAAUUGAAUUUUGCGAAUUGGUAUGAGGUGAUAUAGAUUAAUACAUAUUUCCGAUUAUUUGGAUUACAAAUGCUGAAACAACGCUUUAUUAUGACGUUGCGAUUGUAACACUGUAGACGCAGUUAGUCGGGCAGCUAUUUUACGAACUUGUUCUUUUUCAACGUGACAGUUUUUACAAAUAAGGGGAAAUAAAUCAAUCGGUUUCAUACAAGAUCACUGUAAUAUAUCUAUGGAAAACAAAAUAUUCUACUAUAGAAUAUACUACGCAUAAUAUUGUACAAAAAUUUCAUUGUGAAUAUGCAUUGAUUUAUUUUUCAGACGCCAUUUUUGGUCGCUUAACAAUAUAUGGGAUCGAACAUAUAAAUAAAAUGAAAAAAUAAAAAAACAGUCAGGAAGUACCACGUUCCAAAAUCGAUAAUCACAAAUGAUCAGAUCGCAACUUAUAGGAUUUGUUGUCUGUGUUUGAUAUAUUAACCAUGAAGGGUAGUAUUUCAGCAAACUUCUCUGUUAGCUCGUUUGUUUUGAGGAGAGAAGGGACACAAUUGUAUAAAAUAUGAACAUCUUCAGGAGUUAUUUCAUUUGAGAGCAAAACAUAGGAUCUGAAUAUCUUUAGGACGGUCGGCAUAUUUUUGUUUACAAUCUCGCCAGGCAUACACACAGAAUAUGACGUCAGACGACCUUCAGUUUUUUUCCGGAAGUCGCAUUUGCACUGGUCUAUAGUCAGGGAUCACGUACAGGGGUCACCCCGUGUAAAUGUAUGCGCGAGGAUUUUUUUUUUUGCUAACGGGGAGUCAAUUUUCAGCACUAACGAUUUGAAAAUAUUCUGGGCAUUAGCACGACAUGUCAGCUUUUCAUCUACGAAAAAAUAGUUGCACUCUAAAUAAGCAAAAAUCCGACAGGGGUCCGUAGCGGAGCAAAGGUAUAUGGAGAUUUUUGGAACUUCGUCAAAUCGUUCAAAAGGUCCUUUUUGAUGCUGUCUAAAAGUGUCCGUAUAUGCCACGGAUGUGAGAUAUUUGCGAAUGUGAGAGCUGCAGACCUAGACACUUAACAGUCUCUAUAAAUAUUAUAGCAUGUUAUAGAAAUGACAUUGUCUAGAUCGGCUAUCCGUUUAUACAAGGUAUCUUUGACUUUUCACAAGCAAAAUAUAGAUUUUCAUUUGAGGCUG